GUCUUUUAUUUAAUUUCUGUUUCUAUUAUGAAGCACCUUCAAUGAUUUUAAGUGGGUUAAUAGUGUGGAAGUGAUCGUGUGGCGGCGCGGUCUUGGUGAUACUGCUCGUUGGUCGGCAGCACCAUGUUCAGUGGCACUGUGAGAGUGCGGGUUUGUGAGGCGACGGGUCUCAGGCCGACCGACUUUCAGAAACGGCAUAACAUGACCUUCGGGAAGCCAGACGAUCAGCCUAUAGAUCCCUACGUGUCGAUAGACGCCGACGAGCACCAUCUAGACCGUUCCAGCACCAAGCCCAAGACUUUCGAUCCCGUGUGGAAUGAAACCUUCAUUCACGAAGUGCACAAUGUCGGCAGUUUGGGGCUCACGGUGUUCCACGAUGCCGCUAUACCUCCAGAUGACUUUGUUGCCAACUGCACAAUUCCAUUUGAAGAUCUGAUGCAUCGAGAUAAAGAUGCCACAGAUUUUUGGGUGGAUCUAGAACCUCAGGGGAAACUGCAUCUCAAAAUUGAUCUGAAAUGGAAUUCUCAAGCGGGCGUGGAGGCCCCGCGCACGGGGGGGGCGGGCGCGGCGGGCGCGGGCGCGGGGCGCGAGUUCAAGGAGGGCGCCGGGUUCGCGCGCCGCCGCGGGGCCAUGCGCCGCCGCGUGCAUCAGGUCAACGGACACAAGUUCAUGGCCACCUUCCUGCGACAACCCACCUUCUGCAGCCACUGCCGCGAGUUCAUCUGGGGUUUGGGCAAACAAGGCUACCAAUGCCAAGUUUGCACGUGCGUCGUCCACAAGCGCUGCCACUCGUCCGUAGUCACCAAGUGCCCGGGGAUGAAGGAAGAGGUAAGACAGCAGAGCGCGGUGGGUGUGUCGGGGGGCCAGCGCUUCAACGUGAACGUGCCGCACCGCUUCGUGGUGCACUCCUACAAGCGCUUCACCUUCUGCGACCACUGCGGCUCGCUGCUGUACGGACUCAUCAAGCAGGGACUGCAGUGCGAAGUAUGUUCGAUGAACGUGCACAAGCGGUGUCAUAAGAACGUGGCGAACAACUGCGGCAUCAACACCAAGAUGAUGGCGGAGAUCCUCAACGAGAUGGGCAUCUCGCCCGACAAGAACCCGCGACCCAGACCAUCCAAGUACCUGAACGCGGCGCUCAUGGAGGGCGCGCCCGACCUGGCGCCCGGGGACAGCGACGCCAAGGACGACAAGCACGACGAGAAAGGCGGGCCGCUGCCGGCGUGGCGCUCGCACUGGGACGAGCUGCAGGACAUAUUCACGUGUUACGAAGGUGGGGAUGGCGCCGGCGGGAUGGACAAGAUGUCACUGGAUGACUUCCACUUUAUCAAGGUGCUCGGCAAGGGAUCGUUCGGGAAGGUCAUGCUUGCUGAGAAGAAGGGCACGGAUGAGGUGUACGCGGUGAAGGUCCUGAAGAAGGACGCCAUCAUCCAGGACGACGACGUGGAGUGCACGCUGACGGAGCGGCGCGUGCUGGCGCUGGCGGCGCGCCACCCCUUCCUCACGGCGCUGCACUCCGCCUUCCAGACGCACGAGCGCCUGUUCUUCGUCAUGGAGUACGUGGACGGCGGAGACCUCAUGUUCCAGAUCCAGCGCGCGCGCAAGUUCGACGAGCCGCGCGCCAGGUUCUACGCGGCGGAGGUGACGCUGGCGCUACAGUUCCUGCACUCUCACGGCGUCAUCUACCGCGACCUCAAGCUCGACAACAUCCUGCUCGACAGCGACGGACACUGCAAGCUCGCAGACUUCGGCAUGUGCAAGGAAGGCAUACUCGAGGGCGCCACCACAACCACGUUCUGCGGCACGCCAGAUUACAUCGCGCCUGAGAUCCUGCAGGAGCUGGAGUACGGUCCGUCGGUGGACUGGUGGGCGCUGGGCGUGCUGCUGUACGAGAUGCUGGCGGGACAGCCGCCCUUCGAGGCCGACAACGAGGACGACCUGUUCGAGUCCAUCCUGCACGACGACGUACUCUACCCCGUCUGGCUCUCCAAGGAGGCCGUCUCCAUACUCAAAGGCUUCAUGACCAAGAACCCGUCCCGGCGCCUGGGCGUGUGCGGCGGCGCGGCGGGCAUCCGCGGCCACGUGUUCUUCCGCGACAUGGACUGGGACGCGCUCGCGCAGCGCCGCCUGCGCCCGCCCUUCAGGCCCAAAGUCAAGAGCAAGCGCGAGGCGGCGAACUUCGACGCGGAGUUCACGAAGGAGGAGCCCGUCCUCACGCCCGUGCCCAACGACGUCGUGCGCGCCAUCAACCAGGAGGAGUUCCGCGGCUUCUCGUUCGUGAACAAGGACUUCAACCCCGCGCCGGCCGGCGAGCGCCCGCCGCAGCCCUGAGCUCCGCCCGCCGACGACACUCAUUUUUUUACAUAUUUUAAGUGCAAUGCCAACAUCUGUCUAGUCAUGACGAUGCGUAAUUUAAGCGCAAACGCUGUUUUUAUUUUAAUUCUAGUAGUAGCGCGCGACGAUUUUUAGUAUCGACGUCGGUCGAAGUAUUAUUUUUUAUUAUGUUUUUUGUACGUUUUUUGAAUGUACGUUGUCUGUCUUUUAGUGUAUGUUAGUUUAGGAGCGCUCGAGUCUCUCACUGCGAACUGUUCAGAGAUACUUACCUGGGUAUACACCCGUCCGGUGAAGUUUCAUUCGUUGCCUAGUGGUGGCGACAUUAAUGCUGAUUAAACAUCUUUAGCGGUUGGAACGGUCACCUAAACCGUUGACAAUUGCUAACAAGACUAGUCUGAACUGUGUAGUCUAGUAUCCGUACAUCGCAGUUACAAUCAUUAUCUCAGUUACAAUUCGUUCCAGUCACUGUCAGUGAACAAUCUGGCAAGUCGCGGGUUCCGUGACUUAACACAUGUAACUUUUAAGAUAGCUAAGUACUAACUUAGAAGUUAGAAGUAUAUUCGAUGCCGAUAAAGGUCUUGUGUGGGCUCAGCGCACAUUGUCUGUCUUCCGAAGCGCUGGACGAUACAGUUUGUCCCUGUGUCUUCUGCGUGGGCAGUGAUGUGCACACGCGUAGUACUUUAACGUCAUCGAGUAGUACUUGCGUGCGGCGCCGCUCCCGCCGCCGGCCUCCUGCUGCAGCGGGCCCUGCGGCCGCCGCCCGGACCGGCGCCUGGGAGGCCGCUUGCUCACUGACCCAGUGACCGGACGAUGUCGAGUUCGCAACAUGGUUUUCUUAUGAUGUAUCUGUCCACUAGUUCAUUCGACAAAUACUAAUAAACGCAUCGGUAAAUUGUGUGCUAGUGUAUUGCAACGGUAGUCGGGUGCGGACGGCUGGCCCGCCGGGGGGUCCGGCGAUCCUCGUUAGGAGUGGGCUCAACGUCGAGCCUCCCGGUACGCCUUCUUCCUACCUCUGUAUAUAAUAACUGAUACUUUGGAAUCUUUGCACCAGAAGAUAGUUGGUGCGAGGCAUAUUCCAGGCCAUUUAAUAUUGCGUCAGCUAGUCGGGCGAACGGACGCGGUCGACACUAUUCCCGUUCGCGGCCCGGCUGCCUGACGAGAUAUUUACCUAUCAGUCCGCACCUGACCGGCUCGUAAAGACGUCUCGACUGGCCGAUCGUUAUUCGAACACUUUAUUUCACACAUAAAUAUAUAAAGAAAAAAAGCACAGCCUUGAUGGGUUGAAUAUAUUUUCCAUUGAGAUGAUAUAUUAGAGCAAUUAUCGAUUGUUGUAAAUAUUGAACAAUGCAUAGUAGUCGCGCGCGGCGCGGCGUGCAGAAGCUGGAAACCCCAUAAGCGAUAGUACUGCGUGUGUGUGUGUGUGUGCGAGUGUGUGUGUGCUGGCCGCCAGCCGCCGCCGGCUGCUGCGGCUGCGCGGGAGGCACACGGGGCGGCGUACAGCCCUCCGCGCAUAAUAUCUUAUGUAAACUUAUUGUUAACCAGCAUUUUUGUUUAACAAAAUACGCUACAAUUUAGGCGUAACAUUAUUAUAUUUUUUUUGUAUGUUAUACGAACGGAAAUGAUACGAGUUUACUCCCAAAGUAUAUUUACAUAAUAAAUGAGUUUUAUUUACAAACGCACUGUUGUGGAUGUAGUCCCGGGGCGGGGAGUGCCCCGGCGGCGGCGGGCGAGGCCGCGCUACUAGUCCCGCGCUCGAACCUGAAGCGCUCUUCCAAUACUCAUGCAUCGAGACUUCGGUUCUUCAGUAUUUACUUGAUCUUUUUGCUUGUGUUACAUUUUGUUGGAGAAAUAGUCUUGAAAAGUGAAAUAACUCGAUGCAGGAGCCACGACAAUCAAGAGUGUACAAGGAAACAGUCCGGUCGUUAAGUAGUCAGUCGUCGUAAUUUCUGCAUCGUUUUAUUUCUGUUAGAGAAAUGUUAUGAACGUUUAAAAUAAGAAGGAAUUGUGAUGUUAUAACAGGGUGCUUAGGAAAACCGGGGUGGAUCGAGACAGAGUUUUAAAUGUGGCAAGUUGCAUGAUACCUUGAAAUAUAGAAAUUGUUAAAACAAUAUAACGACGUACGCUACGAGGAGAAGGGAUAUCUUUUAAAGUUUGUCUGGAUCCACCCCCGGGGCCGCGCACAAGAGAUGUCUGUUGUUAUUGUUGUGUUCAUCAGUUGAAACCUCCAGAAGUUUAUGCUUUGUUAGUUAUUCAAAUGUUCCACAAAAGUAACACAAGACCUCUACCACUUAGUUGAGAUUCUCUUUACAUAUUUUGUUAGAUCUUUUAAUAUACAUUAUUUUAUAUGGUUUUCUCGUACUAUAAGUACGCAAAUACGUUGUAUUAUUGUCUGUGUUUAUAGUCCUCGUCUUCUUUACUUUUAUAUUAAAAUAGUUAAUUAUUUAAAUCAAUACAUUUGUAACAGACACCACCAUUUCAUGGAGAUUGUUUAUAUUCGACAUCCCAGCCAGCCGGCAGCACUCAGUCCGCGCGUGACGCCGGCUGAGUGCGUCGGGCUGCGUCAGCUGUCUCGCAUCGCGACAGUAUUCAGGUUUAAGUAUUAUUUAGUUAGUUGUUAGUUACGUAUGUAAUACCAAAGUUUUAAGUUAUAUAGUUGAAUGGUAUCUGUUGGAGUAUGUGACACGUGUUGUGUGUUGCGGGGCGGCGCAGAUAGCACAAAUUGUAAUGCUUUAUGUAGUUGUUAGUGUAUAAUAUUAUAAUACAAAAAAAUAAUAUAAAUAUAUUAAAUUAUAAAUCUCUGUACGUGUUCCCGUUAAACGUUAUAUAUUAUUGUGUUUUAUAUGUUUAUGUUCCGCAGUCGUGCCGAGCGCACGCGUGUCGAGGUUGAUUGCGUCUUAUUACUUGUGUAAUAAAGCUUAGUUUACUUUGUUAAGGAUUCUAAUGAUUUCGUGGCCAUUUUACUUUAGGCUGGUGAUUAAUGAACGUGUAAGGAAAGGCUAUAUCAAAUAGUGUCCGUUUACAAAGUGUAAUUGAUCAUACUCAGUCAUGAAAUAAAACAAGAAACACAAAAAUGAAGAACCCCCAUACAAGAGGCACAUAAUUUUGACCAUGGCCUAAAAUGUCUUAAUACCAGAUCAUUCUCUUCUUUCUGCAGUUCUUCUUUACUGAGUAAUGGAGUUAGACUCAGUAUUGCGCACAAAUUGAAGAAGAUUCUAACAAGCUUCAAAACUUAUUAACCCGAUUUUGUUGUUACUAACUUAUCCAUUAUGGUGCAGUAUCAGCUGCCUCAACAUUCAAUCUAUAGACGGUAUUCAAAGUAAUUUUUGGUCUCAUAAGGUUAGGAAUGACAAUAGCGACAUAAUCUGAAUCGACUAGUCUUUUUACCUCUCAUCUUCUUUGUGCCUCUUGGUUGGAGGUUCCUGCCGCAGCCAUAUCUGAGUAUGUAUGAACCUAUCGUUAGUACAUCUGAACGCUGUCCUUACUUCGUAUAGUCUAUUUGCUUGCGAUUCUGUGUACGAUGAGUGUAAGAGUCAGUUUCUACUAUGUGAUAAUUUAUUGAGUGGUCAUCUUAUACUUGUUUCAUACCAAAAAUAUAUUGAGAUUACUAAAGUAUGCAUUAAGUUUGUUAUCACUUGGACUCACACUUGUGUUUGUUAUCGGUGGUGCGUGUGUCCAGUCAAUAAAUGUUCACCGCGCGAGUUACCGUCAGUUGAAUGUUACUGAGUCCCGUGCUACUCUGCAACUCUGCUUAUUCGCCUAAUGAAAUAUUCAGUGAUAACAGUUUCCAUACUCAACCUGAGAGUAUGAGACUCGCUACUAUUUCUAACUAGAUGAUAGUCCUAAGUGGUUUUGCAGAGUGAUAUUCAACUCUGCAGUAUCAUUUAUUGCGGAUGUUAUAACAUGUAUGUACUGUAUUUGAACGUUUAUCUGUUACCUAGGUAAGUUAAAUGUAUGUGAAGAAUUAAUUUUUGAUGUGGUGAUGAACUAAUAUAAUAUAAAUUAAAUAGUUGAUAGAUUACGAUAGCGGUAUGUGUGUGUGCCGGCGCGGUCGUCGGCACUCCUCAUGUUAUUUAUUUAUUCGUACAUAAUUCAUAGUUGUGUGUUGUUCACAUUGUGGUUUUUUAUUCGUACGCUGUGUGUGCAUGUAGUGUGCGAGCGCGCGUGUGUGUGUGCGCGUGUGUGAGCUCGUGUCGGUAGUGGUACUUACAUUCGCCGCCGGCCCGCGGGGGCGCCACCGCUCACAGUCUACACGCCUGUGCUAAAUACUGAUUGUAUAAACAAACGUUGAACCUAAAUAUUUUAAAAGUAUUAUGUUUAUAAAUGUUUCGGGGGCUUGCUCCGCCGACUUCAUUUGUUAGUACAAUUGACUGUUGAGUGCUAAGAUAUAUUGUUGUAUGUAGUAGUGUAGUAGUGAGUGCAGACUGUGAGGGCCAGCCCCGGCGGGCCGCGAGCGGGCGCGGCCGGCCGCACUCCGAGCGCCGUCUGGACGCGCCUUUAUUAACUUUAGCUGUGAUUACGUUGCGAAUGAUAUAGUUUAUUUAUUCCCGGACGCACAUGUGUUCUCAUUUCCGACCUUAAUGCAAAAACAAAAAGGUAAAAAAUACGAUUAAACAUUUUUGAAAGUUAUAUUUUAAUUUUUUGAAAUUUUACAUAAUUUUACUUUGUUUUAUUGAAAGAUUAGUCAAAAUUAUAUUGUUUAAAGAUUAUAUAAACUAUUGAUUAUUACGUAAUAGCUGAUAAUUAAAAAGUAGUACAAUUUAAAAUGUAGUUUGAGCGUACAGCAGUUGUUAUGUACAACGCAUGACGACGGAGCACUAAAUAAAGCUAUUUAUAUAGAGUCAAGCACAUACCACAUAGAUAGAUAACAUAUAAUUUUAAUACGAGCAUUGUUUUAUAUCCUAGAUACCAUAGAUAAUUUACUAGACGUGGUGACAGCAACCGAUGAGAUUUGCCUUUAGCAGACUGUGAGAGGGUGAGCAGUGACUGGACUUCGAGCACAGACCAGAAAAGAGUUAUUAUAUUGUUGUACGAAGUUCAGUUACUGUUCACAAAUAUCUUCCAAAUGAUGAUUCUAAAUCUUAGUUAAACUUACCUAUUGAAACAUAUACCUCCUUUGUAUAAGUAACUUAUGACGCUUAUUUCAUUUUGUGUGUCUGUCACCGACUGUGCCAAAGUAUCCCCUCGUUAACAGGUGACUAUUGUUCACAACGACCGGUCACUUGCACGAUUACCGAAUUAUGGAUUUGUCUCAUAAAAUAACAUAUAGCUUCGACUACAGAGAGUUGUGUGACGUGACCGGUCGGUGUACGAAAACACUUCUGUAAUAAAUAGCUUGUUGUCACAGCUUAGUGCGCUAGCCGGCGCGGUCCGGGCGCCACAACACCCUCAUCUGAGUUAGGCAAUAAGGACUUUCCUAUCCACACUCACUCUAAUUCAUCUGCCUCAGAACGCCCCUUUUCUGAUGUUCAAGUAUUCAUAGUGGCAACAAAUAGUACAAAUUAAAUGUUUGUAAUUUACCAGGUCCGUAAUGUACGGCGUAUAUUAUGUAAUGACUUCCUCCUUCGACAAAAGCCUCUCGAUGGCCUAAACUUCCCGCUGCCCUUCCCACUCCACUAUAUAGAGAUAGGACAUGUUUUGCAACUUCAUUGCAUUUCGAACAAUACAUUGCCUUAACUAGAAUAGAUACUGAAUACAAUAUGAAUCCGAUGAUAUUUAGUAAUAGUCCCGUGAGACGUACGCUUGUAGUGCAGUCGUAUUGCCCGACUCAGUGGCGCGCGCUGCCAGUCGCUCGUCUGUCCAGAAACAGAAACGAAAUUAUAGAUAACACUGUUUAAUGCCAUUUUGUAACAUAAGCGAUUAACGCUAGCUGUAACUUGACAUAUCACGCUGUAUUCUUUUAAUUUUUUAUCUGUAUAUUUUAUAUUACGGCCGCCGGUUCGCCCCGGCCGCGGGGACGUCACGACAGGUCCCGGCGGCGGGGGCGCCGGCCGCACUCAACUCAGUGAUCUACUUAGUACCAACAUGUACUGUGUCAAACAUAGCGCAUUAUUUUACCUGUACACUACUUGUUUGCAAUUGUUACGGUUAUAACUAUCUUAUACAACUUUCGUACUUAAACUGUUUGAAGUCAAACCCGCGCGGUUCGCACUCGAAACGCAAUGGCGGCUUAUAAAAUGGACCAAUCAUAUAAAUAUUUCAAAACACUUAUUUACAGUAAGUUACGUUCACUAUUUAAGGAUUUCAACUUUAAAUCUUACAAUAUUCUUGUGCACAAUAUUUUUAAGUAUUAAAAGUUAACAUUUUUGCCCGCCAUUCCGUUUUACGAACCCGCGCCUUAUAUAGCGGUAGGGAUUGCAAACGGGCUGUGCGACUACCAUAAGUUAUUUUUUACUAAUUUUGGAAUGCUUAUAAAUAAAAUAAAAUAUAUUUUACGCUUCCCAGAGGUGUUAUAUAGCCAAAGAGUGGUUAAAUAUUUGUACAAAUCGGCUGAAAGCCUUUAUUUUGUUGUCUAUUAGUUGGAAUACAUAUUUAUUGUCUUGCCAAGAUACAUAUACAGGUGUAGGAACAGAUUUGUUGGGAGUAUCAUGUUUUGUAUAUUUGUGUUGUAAUGUGAUCUACACUUAACUAAAUCGUUUCGGAAUCUCUUAUCAAACGUAUUUAGGAGGUUUAAUCUUAAUGCAAUUUACUACUUGAUUUGUAUUUUUGAUAAAGUAUUUUAUUCUAUUAUAUUAUUUUGACACUGUGUGGCCGUGCCAUUAAUUAAGGAAAGAUGAGUGGUGGCUUUAAGUUUCCAUAAGCGUCCACACUUUGAGUAUCAACACAACUAUUAUGUAUUCAUUGCCUGGAAUUGAAAAAGGAAUGAAUAAAAACUUAAACGAAUAUUGAGACGUCCUAAAGGGUAUUUUAACCCUUAAUUAUAAGAUUGGUAUUUAAAAUUUUCUAAAUUGUGAUCUGAUAAUUUGGUAUGUUAUUUAAAUCAAGUGUAGAUGACAUUGCGACAGGCGUACGUUAUAGUUUGUGUUAAUUAUUUGUAGCUAACACAGAGAAUAUGAAAUCUAUUGGGUUGUGGCCGUACCGCCGCCCGGGGCUUUGGGGACCCCACGCCGAUACCUCACUGAUUAUAAUAAAACUUUGGGAACCGU